AUGCCUCACGCGCGCGAUGUCAAUCCCGAGAGCGCGGCGGCGGCGACGGCGUGGCGAAGACACGCGGAAGACGCGCAUCGAUUGAGCGCGACUGAAACCUUGGCGCGGUUGGGCGUCCUCGAUCUCGCGCACGGGCUCGAUCGCGCGGACGUGCAGCGACGGAGAGAUGCGUGCGGGGCGAACGCGCUGCCGGCGCAGCGGGAGACGUCGUUCGCGUCGUUGGUGAUUAAGCAAUUCGACGACACGAUGGUGAAGGUGCUGUUGCUCGCGGCGUUCGUGUCGUUGGCGCUCGCGCUGUGGGACGGUGAGGGUGGCUCGGAGGCGUUCCUGGAACCGGGAGUGAUCGUGGCGAUAUUAAUCGCGAACGCCGCGGUGGGAGUGGCGACGGAGAAGAACGCGGAGCGCGCGAUUGAGGAAUUGAAAAAGUACGAGGCGGACGUCGCCACGUGCACGCGCGACGGCGAGAAACGCAAGGUGAACGCGGAGGCGCUCGUGCCCGGAGACAUCGUGGAGAUUGCGACGGGAGAAAAGGUGCCCGCGGAUUGCCGAUUGGUUAAGAUUCACUCCAACGUCCUGCGGUGCGAUCAGGCGCUGUUGACGGGGGAGAGCGGAAGCGUGGCGAAGACGGAACGGGCGGUGGAACAUCUCGGCGAGUGCGUGCUGCAAGACAAGACGUGCAUGGUGUACAGUGGGACCACGGUGACCGUGGGUAAGGCUACGUGCGUGGUGGUCGGUACGGGUAGUAACACAGCCAUGGGGAAGAUUCAACACACGCUCGAGCAGACGGAGGAGGAAUUGACGCCGCUGAAGAAGAAAUUGGACGAAUUCGGGAACUUGCUCGGGAAAAUCAUCGCGGUAAUUUGUAUUUUAGUGUGGGUGGUGAACAUUGGACACUUUGCCGACAAGGCGCACGGAGGAUUGCUGCGAGGUGCGGUUUAUUACUUUAAGAUUGCCGUCGCGCUUGCCGUGGCCGCGAUUCCCGAAGGCUUACCCGCCGUCGUCACCACGUGUCUCGCCCUCGGCACGCGUCGCAUGGCGAAAAAGAACGCUCUCGUGCGAACGCUUCCUAGCGUGGAGACCUUGGGGUGCACUUCGGUUAUUUGUAGCGAUAAAACGGGUACGCUGACGUGCAACGUCAUGACUGUGAUGCGCAUGUGCGUCAUCGAAAAUUCGAGCACCGCAGAAGUUACCAACUACGGUAUUCGCGGCGAGGCUUACGCACAGAAUGGGGAAAUUUUAGACUCUCGCGGCUUGGUCGUGCACGAACCAGCCGACGCCGCGGCGGUGGCUUAUGUUGCCAUGUGCUGUUCGAUGUGCAACGAUUCCACGCUGAAUUUCGACAAGGAAAAGGGAUCUUUUGAGAAGAUUGGAGAAGCGACAGAGAUUGCUCUUCGCGUGCUCACGGAAAAGAUUGGACUACCUUCGGAUUCCGGAAUACUCGGGCGAGCUCAGAGCGACCAGGACAUGCAUAGCACACAAUAUUGGGAUUCGGAAUUUACAAAGCUCGCGACGGCGGAGUUUACGAGCGAACGCAAGCGCAUGUCAACGCUAUGCUCUCGAAAUGAUGAAUCCAUUCUAUUCGUCAAAGGUGCACCGGAGAGUGUUCUGUCACUUUGCACGUCGGUUAUGUCUAAUCGCAACGGCCGAGCGGAAAGAAUGACGGAUCAAGUUCGCGAACAAGUGGCGGAGCAAAUGCGAGGCUACGCCAAUGACGCCCUACGCGUGUUGGCGCUCGCGAUGCGCCCCAUGGGUCGAGGCGUAACGACGUGCUCUGAGACGGACGAAAACAAUCUCACAUUCAUUGGUCUUGUUGGAAUGAUUGAUCCACCGCGCCCGGAGGUGCGUUAUUCGUUACAAACGUGCAAAGACGCGGGUAUUCGCGUCAUCAUGGUCACCGGCGACAACCAACAAACCGCAGAAGCCAUCGCAUCGCAGAUUGGCUUGAGCAACUCGAUCGAUCCUUUGACGGGUGGUUCAACUCAAAAUAGUUUCAAGGGAAAAUCUUUCACCGGUGUGGAGUUUGAGGCGAUGACGAUCGAGCAGCGCGAAGAAGCGGCGCGGACGAUGUGCGUCUUUUCUCGCGUCGAGCCCGCGCAAAAGAGCAAGCUCGUCGAGAUUUUGAAGCGGCAGGACAACAUCGUCGCGAUGACGGGCGAUGGUGUGAAUGAUGCUCCGGCACUCAAAUGCGCGGACAUCGGGAUUGCCAUGGGAAGCGGUACCGCGGUUGCCAAAGGCGCCGCCGAUAUGGUGCUCGCAGACGAUAACUUUAGCACCAUCGUCGAAGCCGUCGCGGAGGGUCGCGCAAUCUACAACAAUACGAAGCAAUUUAUUCGCUACAUGGUGAGCUCAAAUAUCGGCGAAGUGGUGUGUAUUUUUAUCGCCGCCGCCCUUGGGUUCCCGGAGACGCUCGUUCCGGUGCAACUUUUGUGGGUUAAUCUCGUCACCGACGGAUUACCCGCCACCGCGCUUGGUUUCAACCGCGCGGAUGGUGACAUCAUGCGUCAACGACCUCGGAGUCCGCGUGAGCAGAUCGUUGAUCGAUGGUUACUGAUUCGGUACCUCAUUAUCGGCGUUUACGUCGGCAUAGCGACCGUUGGGUCGUUCGGAUGGUGGUUUAUGUCGUACCCCGGCGGCCCGCAAAUGACGUGGGCAGAGCUCACGAGCGCCUCGCGAUGCAUCGGAGACGCGUGUGAAUCCUUCAAAGAUCGUCGACCGAGCACGAUGGCGAUGUCGACCCUAGUAUUGAUCGAAAUGUUCAACGCGUUGAACUCACUGAGCGAGAACAAAUCGUUAUUCUCCCACCCGCCGACGACGAAUGUCUGGUUGCUCGUCUCCAUCGUCAUCAGCAUGUGGCUCCAUUUCAUCAUCAUGUACGUCCCAUCCUUCGCGAAGACGUUCACCAUCACCGCGCUCAACUACGAAGAGUGGCGCGCGGUGUUUUGGUUCUCCAUUCCCGUCAUCUUCAUCGACGAGGUUUUGAAAUACGUCACGCGCGCGCACCGCGCCUCCAUCAACCUAUGGCUCAAGCGCGGUCGAGGCGACAUCCUCCCGCGUUCUCGCGCCGCCAAAGGAUUUUGA